AUGUUUAGCUUCAACAAGCUCGCUCUUGCUCUAAGCACCUUUUCUCUGGCGUGGACCCACCCAGUCUACCAGAAACGGGAUGUCAUUCCGGGCAGUUACAUCGUCACCCUGAAGGCCGAUGCUGACGUCGGGAGCCACAUAUCAUGGGUGAAUGGCAUACAAGCCCGCAGCCUGCGCCGCCAAGACGCUGAAAGCGGCGUCACCAAAUCAUACGCCUUCAAGAGCUUCAGUGGCUACGCCGGGGCCUUCGACGACGCCACCAUUGAGGAGAUCCGCAACAGCGAUGAGGUCGUUGCUGUAGAGGAGGACGCCGUCUGGGAGCUCUAUGAGCUGACCACGCAGAGCGAUGCCCCGUGGGGCCUCGGGGCUAUCUCUCACACAGCCCCUGGGUCAACGGAUUACAUCUACGACACCGAAGGCGGAGUCGGAACCUACGCCUACAUCAUUGACACCGGUUUGCUGACAACCCAUGUCGAGUUCGAGGGACGUGCAUCUCUUGGAUACAAUGCGUAUCCCAAUUCUGAUUUCGUCGAUCUCAUCGGACAUGGCACCCACGUUGCUGGCACGAUUGGGUCGCGUGCGUACGGUGUGGCUAAGCAAGCCCAACUGAUCUCCGUUCGAGUCUUCAACACUGGUGGCUCCACAACCUCCAUUGUUUUGGACGGAUACAACUGGGCAAUCAACAACAUUACCGCUGAAGCACGGGAGGCAACCUCCGUUGUCAGCCUCAGCUUGGGCGGAGCCUUCUCCUCAGCCUUCAACGCCGCCGUGGCCGCCGCGUACAAUGCAGGCAUCACGACGGUCGUGGCAGCAGGCAACAACGGCGUCGACGCGAAGAGCUACUCGCCCGCAAGCGCGCCCGAAGCCAUUACAAUUGGCGCCAUCGCAGUGAACAACAGCAAGCCGUCGUGGAGUAACUUCGGCGACAUCGUUGACAUCUUCGCUCCCGGCGUCGACACCCUCUCCUCGUGGAUUGGCUCUGACACCGCCACCAAUGUUAUCUCAGGCACCAGCAUGGCGACUCCCCACGUCUCAGGUCUGGUACUGUACCUGAAGAGCGUGCUCGGCGGGCUGGAAGCCCCCGCCGAUGUGGCCGCCAAGCUGACGGAGCUUGCGACAGAGGGUGUCCUGACUGACCUGGGGACUGGAAGUCCGAAUCUGCUAGCUUACAAUGGGAAUGGAGCUUAA